UCUCUAGGAUUUCAAAACCUACGUGGAUCAAGCUUGUAGAGCUGCAGAUGAAUUUGUCAACAUUUAUUAUGAGACAAUGGAUAAAAGAAGGAGGGCCUUAACAAGACUUUAUUUGGACAAAGCAACGCUAGUUUGGAAUGGUAAUGCAGUGUCUGGGCAAGAAGAACUGAAUAAAUUUUUUGAAAUGUUGCCAUCUAGUGAAUUCCAGGUUAAUGUGUUGGACUGCCAGCCCGUGCACGAGCAAGCUACUCAAGGCCAGACGACAGUCCUCGUGGUGACGAGUGGGACAGUAAAAUUCGACGGCGACAAGCAGCGCUACUUCAAUCAGAACUUCCUGCUAACAACAAAAGCCACACCGACCAACACAGUGUGGAAGAUUGCCAGUGACUGUUUCCGCUUCCAGGACUGGGCCAGUUAGGGAGGACUGGCUACGGAAGUGACCUCUCUCAUUCGUCACGUUGACGCCAGCUG